AUGUCUUCCAUCGUCAACAAGGUCAAGGAUGCUCUUUCCUCCGACAAGAAGCACGACCAGCCUGAGGGCACUUCCGGCCCCCACACCAACCGUGCCGCCAACGCUGCCGACCCCCGCAUCGACUCUGACCGCGACCACCGCGCCAACCCUGCCGGCACCACUGGCACGCACACCGGCACUCACACCGGCACCACGGGCUCCGGCCUGACUGGCAGCCACGGCACUACCGGCUCCGGCCUGACUGGUAGCCAUGGCACCACUACUGGCUCUGGUUUGACUGGCAGCCACGGUACCCACGGUACCACUGGCUCUGGUUUGACCGGAUCUCACGGCACCACUACCGGCUCGGGUCUCACCGGUAGCCACGGCACUACCGGCUCCGGCCUCACUGGCAGCCACGGUAACACCACUGGCUCCGGCCUUACUGGUUCUCACGGUACCCACGGUACCACUGGUUACGACGACCCCGAUGGUGUCCACGGUCCCCACAGUGGCCGUGCUGCCAACAAGGUUGACCCUCGCGUCGACUCCGACCGGGACCACCGCGGUGCUCCUGGCUCCGGUUUGACCGGUAGCCACGGCACCACUGGCUCUGGCCUUACCGGCAGCCACGGUACUCACACCGGCACCACGGGCUCCGGCCUUACUGGCAGCCACGGUACCACUGGCUCUGGUCUUACCGGCAGCCAUGGCAACACCACAGGCUCCGGCCUCACUGGUAGCCACGGCACCACCGGCACUCACGGCACUACCGGCUCCGGCCUUACUGGCAGCCACGGCACUACCGGUACCCACGGCACCACUGGUUCCGGCCUCACUGGUAGCCACGGCACCACCGGCUCUCACGGCACCACCGGCUCCGGCCUCACUGGUAGCCACGGCACCACCGGCUCUCACAACACCCACGGCAACUCCAGCUUGACCGGCAACCCUAGCACCGGCGCCACCGGUGGUGUCUCCAACACCCACAACGCUGCUGGCCACGUUGGUUCCGCCGUUGCCGGCACUCACGGCACCGGCCCUGCCCCCAACACCGCCGGACCUCACAAGUCAGAUGCCCUCAACAAGGUCGACCCUCGCGUCGACUCUGACCUCGACGGCUCCAAGACCGUCGGUGGUAACAAGACCUACGCCCAGGAUACCACGGGCGUUGCCAAGGACCCUACGGAUGCCGCUCAGGUCCCUCCCUCGGUGCUGGCUAAGCACAUCGGUGAGCCCGAGAUUGCUCACGACGACCACUCCCACGGUCGUGCGAGACGCAACAGCAAGGUGUCAGCUCAGGAGUUGCACCGCGGACUGUAA